AUGCGGCAGGUUUGCUGCUUAGCGCUGCCGCCGCCGCCGCCAGUGGAGAAGGCUCGGUGCAGCAGCUACAGCGACAGCAGCAGCAGCGAGAGGAGCAGCAGCAGCAGCGGCAGCGGCAGCAGCGGCGAGAGCGGCAGGAGCAGCAGCAGCCACAUCAACAGCAGCAGCAUCUCUCGUCCCGCUGCGCCCCCAAAGCCGCGGCCGCCGCAACAGCCGCAGCCCCGCAGCCCCGCAGCCCGGAGAGCCGCCGCCCGCUCGCGAGCCGCAGCCGCCGGAGGCAUGAGGCGCGACCCGGCCCCCGGCUUCUCUAUGCUGCUCUUCGGUGUGUCGCUCGCCUGCUACUCGCCUAGCCUCAAGUCGGUGCAGGACCAGGCGUACAAGGCGCCCGUGGUGGUGGAGGGCAAGGUACAGGGGCUGGCCCCGGCCGGAGGCGGCUCCAGCUCCAACAGCACCCGCGAGCCGCCCGCCUCGGGUCGGGUGGCGCUGGUGAAGGUGCUGGACAAGUGGCCGCUCCGGAGCGGGGGACUGCAGCGCGAGCAGGUGAUCAGCGUGGGCUCCUGUGCGCCGCUCGAAAGGAACCAGCGCUACAUCUUUUUCCUGGAGCCCACGGAGCAGCCCUUGGUCUUUAAGACAGCCUUUGCCCCUCUCAACACCAACGGCAAAAACCUCAAGAAAGAGGUGGGCAAGAUCCUGUGCACUGACUGCGCCACUCGGCCCAAGCUGAAGAAGAUGAAGAGCCAGACGGGACAGGUGGGUGAGAAGCAAUCGCUGAAGUGCGAGGCAGCAGCUGGUAACCCUCUGCCCUCCUACCGCUGGUUCAAGGAUGGCAAGGAGCUCAACCGCAGCCGGGACAUCCGCAUCAAGUAUGGCAAUGGCAGAAAGAACUCACGACUCCAGUUCAACAAGGUGAAGUUGGAAGACGCUGGGGAGUACGUCUGUGAGGCUGAGAACAUCCUCGGGAAGGACACUGUCAGGGGCCGGCUCUUCGUCAACAGCGUGAGCACCACUCUAUCAUCCUGGUCGGGGCACGCUCGGAAGUGCAACGAGACAGCCAAGUCCUACUGUGUCAACGGAGGUGUCUGCUACUACAUCGAGGGCAUCAAUCAGCUCUCCUGCAAGUGUCCUGUGGGAUACACCGGGGACAGGUGUCAGCAGUUCGCAAUGGUCAACUUCUCCAAGCACCUUGGAUUUGAACUAAAGGAAGCUGAGGAGCUGUACCAGAAGAGGGUCCUGACCAUCACUGGCAUUUGCGUGGCUCUGCUGGUGGUGGGCAUCGUCUGCGUAGUCGCCUACUGCAAGACCAAGAAACAACGGAAGCAGAUGCAUAACCACCUCCGACAGAACAUGUGCCCUGCCCACCAGAACCGGAGCUUGGCCAACGGGCCUAGCCACCCCCGACUGGACCCUGAGGAGAUCCAGAUGGCAGACUAUAUCUCCAAGAAUGUACCCGCCACAGACCAUGUCAUCCGGAGGGAAACGGAGACUACUUUCUCCGGGAGCCACUCCUGUUCUCCUUCUCACCACUGCUCCACAGCCACGCCCACCUCCAGCCACAGGCAUGAGAGCCACACAUGGAGCCUGGACCGUUCUGAGAGCCUGACCUCUGACUCCCAGUCGGGCAUCGUGCUGUCAUCAGUGGGCACCAGCAAGUGCAACAGCCCCGCGUGUGUGGAGGCCCGGGCACGGCGGGCGGCGGCCUACAGCCUGGAGGAGCGGCGCAGGGCUGCCGUGCCGCCUUACCACGACUCCGUAGACUCCCUGCACGACUCCCCACACAGUGAGAGGUAUGUGUCUGCCCUGACCACGCCCGCGCGCCUCUCUCCCGUGGACUUCCAUUACUCGCUGGCCACGCAGGUGCCGACUUUUGAGAUCACGUCCCCCAACUCGGCGCACGCCGUGUCGCUGCCUCCCGCCGCGCCCAUCAAUUAUCGCCUGGCGGAGCAACAGCCGCUCCUGCGGCAACCGGCGCCCCCCGGCCCGGGACCAGGGCCUGGGCCCAGCGCGGACAUGCAGCGCAGCUACGACAGCUACUACUACCCCGCAGCGGGGCCGGGGCCGCGGCGAGGGGCCUGCGCGCUGGGCGGCAGCCUGGGAAGCCUGCCCGCCAGCCCCUUCCGCAUCCCGGAGGACGACGAGUACGAGACCACGCAGGAGUGCGCGCCCCCGCCGCCGCCGCGGCCGCGGGCCCGCGGCGCGUCCCGAAGGACGUCGGCGGGGCCUCGGCGCUGGCGCCGCUCGCGCCUCAACGGGCUGGCGGCGCAACGCGCACGCGCGGCGCGGGACUCGCUGUCGCUGAGCAGCGGCUCGGGAGGCGCCUCGGCCUCGGCCUCGGACGACGACGGGGACGACGCGGACGGGGCGCUGGCUGCCGAGAGCACGCCUUUCCUCAGCCUGCGCGCGGCGCACGACGCGCUGCGCUCGGACUCGCCGCCGCUGUGCCAGGCGGCAGACAGCAGGACUUACUACUCCCUGGACAGCCACAGCACGCGGGCCAGCAGCAGACACAGCCGCGGGCCGCUCCCACGGGGCAAGCAGGACUCGGGGCCCCUCUAGGGCCCCCUCGCCCCCUCCGCCUCGCCCGCCCCACUGUCUCUAAGGAGAACAGAGACCGCCGACUGGAGAGAGAAAGGAGGAAAAAAGAAAUAAAAAUAUUUUUAUUUUCUAUAAAAGGAAAAAGGUAUAACAAAAUGUUUUAUUUUCAUUUUAGCAAAAAUUGUCUUAUAAUACUAGCUAACGGCAAAGACGUUUUUAUAGGGAAACUAUUUAUAUGUAACAUCCUGAUUUACAGCUUCGGAAAAAAAAAAAAGAAACAAAAAAAGAGAUGGGCCAAUUUUUUGACUCUUUAAUAGAAACCUAUAUUGUGGUGCCUUUUGCUGUACGCUAAUCUGGAGCUCCUGGAGAGAAGUGUGGGUUGUGCGGUUGGGGGAAUGUAGGAUCCCAAGCUGGCGGGGGCAGGGGUGGGGGGUGGUGAAGAGGAAGCAGGGAAAAGAGGCCACGUGUUUGGGUUCGGGUGGGGGCGAAGGUAGGAGGGUCCCAAGGAAGAAAGUGAGGUCCGGAGUAGCUUUUGCCCCCUCGUAAGAUCUGGAGUUCUGGUCCCCCUUAGCUGUGGGUGGGGAUCCUAGGCUUGCAACUAGAGUUGGGGUCAGGUAAAGUCCAGGGGGAGACAGGCCCAGCGACAGCAACCAGAAUGGGGAGGGGGCCUCCCCGCUCCUCACAGCUGCUAAGGAAGGGGGCUCUGAGACAGAGGUCUUCCCAACAGCCUCGGCGGGGGAGGGGGCAGCUCUGCCAGGGCCCCAGUGUUGUCGGCUCCUCCCCUGUGGCCUCCAGGACGCCCCUCCGUCCUCUGCAGCACCUUCGUUUACAGGUCGUCUUUUCUAUUUUACGCCUGCAUGUCCUUUGCAUUUCAGAUUCUUUAGAUUGGAUGCAUGGUCACACUGGGACCGAGAAGAGCCACUCAACAGUGUAUUUGAUUCCCUUUUAGCAAUAAAGUAACACCAUUUCCUUCUCACAGCCGGACUCCCAUCCCCCACCCCACUAUGACUUCCACUUCCUCUCCAGCCCUGACCUCCCCACCCCACAAAACUGGGUCCACUGCUAAUUUGUCAAAAAGGUUAUUGUUUAAAAAAAAACACCUAAACAAAUGGGAACCCUGCCCCUGAAAUGUCCAAACACCUGACUGUUGACACUUGAACAUUUUUAUAUUAUAAAUAAAAUCAGAAAUAACU